UUUUCCUGAUAAUUACUUAUUGCGUCAACUUUAUUCUGCAUAAAUACACUUAAAUGCGCGUACACAAGUACUUUUCUUUAGUGAACAUGGCCAUGAAUCGUUUUUAUUUGGUGCUGCUAUUGACCCUCGUUGGCAGCGCUCUUCUAAGCGCCACAUGUUUGAAAGAUGUAUCACAAUGGGAAAAUAUUUUUAGAACAAGAUCCUCAGUUAUUCCACUCAAGCAUUGGGGAAAUAAAAGCUAUUUUAUUGGCGACGCCUUUCAGCUCCCUUGGUACGAGGCUCUAAGUUUUUGCAGCCAAAUUCAUAUGCAAUUGCUUACCAUUACUUGUGAUGAAGAAAAUGAAAUGAUUUUCAACUACUUAAAAGAGGCUGGUAAAGGUUUUGAAUAUUGGACAUCAGGUACGAGAGCAAUUGACCAAAACAAAUGGAUAUGGGUUCCUUACGGUAAAGCAGUAGACUACACAAAAUGGUCCGCUGGCCAACCUAGUGAUCCAGCUGGAGAAAAAUGUUUACAAGUUUGGAAUAUUGGAGGAAAAUUAGAAUGGAACGAUAGACCUUGCUGGGUACCUUUCUAUUUUAUUUGUGAAAGGUAUAAUUAUCAAAAUGUAGACUCAGAUAAACCAUGUAAAGCAUAAGGUGUGAGAGAGUCGGGAUUGUAAUGAUUUAGAAAACAUUAAACACAAUUAUUAACUAAUACAUUGUAUUA